AUGGAGGAAGAGGCGAUCAUGGAGGAGGGAAUGGACGAAGAUUAUGACGCGCAUGCAAGAGGGUUUGGCUACCCUACUUCGAGGGCGUCGGACAUGUACAAGAGGAUCGCCGCAGUGUCGUCCUCGGGUAAUUCCGGCGGGCCUGGUUCUGUCAGUGGUAUGGCGAUUGGCAAGAGUGGCAUGAACGCUG